AUGUCCCUUUGUGGUCCAACUACUGCUCUAAACAAACUAAACCAACACUCUCAAGUGGAUAGAUCCCUUCAUCAAGAUGCUCAAAGAUCUUUUACACCUCAAUCUCAAUCUUUUAAAUCAAAUAAUGUGGAAAAUCAUCAAUUAAAUUUAGAAUUUCAAAAUCAACAACAAUUUCAAAAAAGUUUUAAUCCAAUAUUUGCAAAUGCAUUUGGUAAAGCUCCAGUUCAACAACAACACCCAGUUCAACAACAACCAAAAGCAUCAUGGGCUAAUGAUUUCAAUAUGAUGAAUCAUCAACAACAUCAACCACAUCAUCAAUCACAUCAAUAUACAACAAAUCAAGGAUGGAAUACAGAAUUCCAAUCAUUUCAAACACAUCAACAACAAUCAGCUAUUGCUACACCACGUUCAUUUACAAAUUUAACUCAAUUAUCUGGAUUAAAUAUGACUCAAGCUUCUAUUCCAACAACUUAUCAAAGUCAUAGAUUAACUGAACAUCAAGAAUUACAUCAACAAGAUUUAUUAAAUAAAGAAUUGGAAUCUGAAUUUAUGAAAUUAGAACAAGAAUUUCAAAAUGCUUCUAUAAAUGAACAUCAAAUUCCAAAAAAAGUUGAACAACAACAAUCACAAUCUCAACAAGCACCAAUUUUUAAAAGAUCAAAUUCAGAUUUUGCAAAUGCAGCAAUGCAAGUUGUUAAUGCAAUGUCAUCACAAAAAUCUUCAAAAUUUCAAAAUUCAAAAUUUUUAUCAUUAAUGAAUUUAGUAUCAAAAGGUGAAGUUGAAUUAAAUGAUGAUGAAACAAAAUUAAUUGAUCAAGAAGGUAAUGAAAUUAAUGAAAAUGAACAAAACAAACCACAUUUACCUGAUCCUUUAGCAGGUAUUGAAAAUGGGGAAUUACAUACUCCUUUCCAAAGUGCAAAAUUGGCUGGUGAGAAUUUUGGAGAAAAGUAUACAUGGGAUGAUGUUUAUGAUGAUUAUAGAAAUGAUGAUGAUGCAUUCUAA